UCUUUAAAGCAGGAAACCUCAUGUCCUGCUACAGACCUGUCAGAGUCUCCAGGAGAUCCUGAUGCACGCAGCUCACCACAUAGCAUACAAUGAAUCAGGACAUGGAGCUAUGGAAGCAAAUGUUCCAGGAAUUAAUUCAGGAAGUGAAGCCAUGGCACAUAUGGACCCUGACAGUAGACAAAGACCUUCUUCCCAACAGCCUUAAGCCAGGAUGGUCACAGUACCAGCAGUGGGCUUUUGCCAGGUUCCAGUGCUCCUUGUGCUCCCGCAGUUGGGCCUCUGCUCAAGUUCAGGUCCUUUUCCACAUGCACAAGAGUGGGGAGAAACCCAAGGGCAGGGUGAAGAUGAGGGUCUUUGCCCAGAGAUGUCAGAGGUGCAAUCAGUCUCCAUUUGAGGUUCCCGAGUUCACAGAAGAGAACAUCUCAAGGAUCCUGAACAACCUGGUGUUCCGAAUUCUGAAGAAAUGCUACAGAGAAGGAUUUAAGUCCAUGGAGGAGAUACCUACCAUCAAGGAAAUCUCUCUUAAAGGGACACAUGACAGUAACAACUGCGAGGCAUGUCUGCAGGGCUUUUGUGCUCAGAGUGGGUCAGGUGAGGCCCUGCAGUUACCAGUGUUGCCAUCACUUCCUGCCGUUAGCUUACCUGCCCUUGGGACCGCCAUCCCCAUGCCCUCUCCCACUAGGAGUGGCGCCCCAGCAAACACAGUGAAGGGGAACACCCGAGCGGACACAGUGAAAGGGAACACCCGAGCGGACACAGUGAAGGGGAGCACCCCAGCGGACACAGUGAAAGGGAACACCCGAGCGGACACAGUGAAGGGGAACACCAGAGCAGAAGCAGUGAAGGGGAACACCAGAGCAGAAGCAGUGAAGGAGAACGCCAUGAGAAACAAGGGAAAGGCUUUACCCCAACCCCGGUAUACUGUGUCCACAAAGGCUGCGAUCCUCCCCACCCACUGGAGCUCGAGACCAAACACCCACCACCACAUGGAGAGGAGAAUCCAGGUCAGCACCUGGACUGAGGUGCCCUUUUGCCACACAGUCCAGAAUCUCAGGUGCAGGGACUUUAAUGUUUGCUGCUGUGUUUUCAUUCUGAUCAUUGUUGUGGUGAUUAUCGUAGAGACCAUUCAGUGGACCUCCACAUGA